UCGAGGCGAAGAUACUUUUCCAGCUUGUACACGAGUGGAGGAGUUUUCGAUGAUAAGAAAAUGGACGGUCGUGUGAUCGAUUUGAGAAGCGACACUGUUACUGUGCCCAAUGAAGAAAUGAGAGCUGCAAUGGCGGCUGCUGAAGUUGGUGACGAUGUUUAUGGAGACGAUCCAACCGUCAAUGGUUAGAAUUUGUUUUACUAGCCUAUUUGCGGUAUUAACAUGUUGUGGCUCAGUUUUAUCCUUGGUUUAAAUUUUACGUUCCUUCGUUUUAAACUCAUUAGCAUACAUAACCUGCGAUCAGGCGGCCCUUUUCUUCCCUUUUUGUUCUGAAGGCGAGAGGGAAAGAGACGCUUGAUAUAGGGUCUGGAAGGUAUUUUCAGGAUCCGAGAUUUGACUAAAAUACGGUGCGGGAUUCGGGAAAACACAAAAUGUCUUGACGGGCAACAGGAUCUGACUGCUACCCGGGAAGCGGGAUUCAUCAAAAUUUGGGCACGGGAUGCGGGAUUUCCUUUUGCAUGUCUGUCGAGAAUUCGAAAACAGACAGGCAAGGGUUCAGUGUGGUGUCCCGCGGGUGGGGGGGAGGUACUGCCAUAUAUGGGCUAUAUAGGUAUGUACCGCUGUGAUUUGUGAAGGGUAUGGUUUUCAAGCAGUUUACCCUGGGAUAGAGUAUAUAACAUUGGCUGAAGAUUUUAGGCUAGACUAGGGAAACCGGGAAUUGCCGCUCGAGAAUAUAAAAAAUCAAAUCGGUUUUGUUUUGGCUGGACUGUGCUAGUGACCUCAGUUGUUUCUGGAAAACAGCUACUCUAGGAUGGGGGGAGGGGGGAUUUGGGGAGUUUAGUCUAGUAUAGGGUAGCAAAAUUCACUUGAAUUAGCUCUGGUAUAGGCUAAGGGUUCCAGGGUCCAAGCGGCACCUCCCCACCCAAAAAGUCCUAAAGUACCCCCCUGCUGGGUGUGGUGUCUCCUUCUCAUUUUAUUCCACUUUCCCCACCCUGCUUCAGCAUACUUCAGUAUGAAAGGCUGUUUUGUUUUUGCAAUCUCUUAAAAUAAGUUCAAUGUAUAAGUUCAAAAUAAGCAAUGAAAGGGGCCAAUCUGCAUCUCACAUUUAUCAGCUUUUGCAGCAAUUAGUAUUUUUUUGACUUUAAUGUUUUGGAAACAAAAAGCAGGAUUUAGGAAAGCAAUGAAAAAAGUGCAGGAUAAGAGAUUUUCCUAAAAAAAGAGCAGGAAUGAAGGAUAAGCAUCCCCCCUUCCAGACCUUGUUGAUACAUUUUGAUUUACUUGCCUCAUCUGCCCAUAGUUGAGAAUCUUGACUUUUGUCCGAUUAGUCGAAAAACAAUAGAGCCUUCUGAGCCCCGCACUUCGCACGUUCUGAUAGGUUACAAGCGACAGUGCAAUUAGAUAGCUCAUCGUGACAGGAAACACAAGAUGAUCGAGGAAUUAGUUUUUUUUAGUAGAAAGCUUAGAUUAAGUCUUAAAUACUUUUUUUUCAAUAAAUCAAGAUAUCAAUGCACAGAACAACACCUUGACAGCUGAUGAGGAUGAGUUGUUAUUUGUCAUCAGUAAGGACAUCCACUAUAUCUUCUUCAACACUUUCUUGCUCGGAGCAGGCAGAGUUUGUAAAAUUAUCAAUAUUAUUGUUUUACACAUUUCCACGAAUCUGUGUAAAACAAUUGACAAUUUUACAGCUGCACUUUUGCAAACUAAUGAAGGACCAUGAAAAAUUUGUUGCAGUAGAAUCAAUUCCUUUACUUUUGAUACUGUUGUUCCACUGAUGUUUUCAUUGAAUAAUUCCACUUGAAGUUAACUACUUACACCCAAUCUGUUGCCCAAAAAUGUUGACCACUAUUCGCCCUUUUAGGAGGGUUACCAGCCUACCAUCACCUAUCCUGUAAAUGGGGCUUAAGUCCCUACACUGACUUUUAUAGUGAAUAUUAAUCUCAUUAAUGUGAAUUUAUUAUUUUUUCUUUGUCCCGUGCUCAUGACAUGCUGAUUAUUUCAUUUUCACAUUUGUUUCAGCGCGCUUAAAAUUUACCUUCUUUCAUUUCUUUCACCCCACGGUGCGACAUCGACAUUGCUGAUCCUAGCAGUAUGCAGGACACAUGUCAAAUAUGAACCUAGUAUAUGGCCUCACUCUCCAUGAGUUCUCUGUAGCUCAAGUGGAUAGAGUGCCCAUCCGGUGUUUGGGAGGUCAUAGGUUCGAAUCCUGUCAGGGACUCAGAUUUUUUCUUUGUCCCAUGCUUGUGACAUGCUGAUUAUUUAAGUCACAUCAAUUUGCGUACUUGUAAAUCACAAACUAAUCGUAUGUUGUUGGCAAACAGAUUAUAUUUUAACACUAAAUUGAUUACUUGCCGUUGAACAAUUUAGGCUAAAUCUAGUAGUUUAUUCAAAUUAAUUGUCAGUUAGUUGAUCCAGCUGUCCCAUAACUUUUUAUUGCAUUGAGAAAUGUUUUUUCAGAUUUAGCAAUCAGUUCCCUGUUGAUUCUGUUAAUUGUGCACAUAAUAAAAUUCUGUGCUUAUACUUUUAUACUCAUUAUAGCUUUGCAAGCUAAAGCAGCAGAGUUAACUGGAAAAGAAGCAGCCCUCUUUGUAACAAGUGGGACAAUGGGAAAUUUAGUGUCAGGUCAGUAUUCUAGAAUAAACUUUUUCUAA